AUGCCCUUAUUCGAAGGUGAUGGCGGAAAAAGAAGGAAACAGAUCCGUAAACCAAAAACCGAAGCCGGUGUCUCCUUCAGUCAAGCUGUCCAGCUGGAACAUCAACAUAUCCUUCAGACCCCAUUGGCGCAACCAGCCAAUGAUAUACACCCAACCGAUCAUCCCAAUGAAGACUCAUCAGCUCAAGAAAACAACAACCAAACCAUUGAUCCCACUGGUCAGGACAACUUUGACUUUGGAGCUGACCACAUCGGAAAUAACGGUCUGGACCCCUUCCAAUCUGCACACCAACAGGAUCGGUUACCAUCAGACCACCAAGACAAUGAUCAUCUUACCAAUUCUCGUGUUCAGCAACUACACCGAUACUUUCAAAGUGAACAUUACAAACAAAAGAAGAUCCUAGAAGAGAAGAAUUGGGAAGAAGCAUAUCAGGAAAUGUUCUCAUCAUUCCAGCAGUGUGCGAUCAAAACCUUCGAAUGGGGUAACCCAAACCUAUGGAACCAUGAUUGGAAUGAGCCCUGUAAUUGUAAUAAUCUUCGAUCAAGACCAGUGGUCUUGGUAGAUAUGUACAGCAGAACACAAACCGAAGUCACAUUUUGCAAAUGCCAGUCAGACCAGGUCCGCCUUAUCAGGAUGGGUUAUAUCGGAGGAUCACCAAAAUUCCCCAGAACCGCAUUUUCCAUACGACUCUUGAGAUUCCAUCAUAUCAUCUGGAAACACUGUGCAGUAUCAAUCACACCUUUUUCAAAAGCUCUGGACGAGUUCCUGGAUUCAAAUAACCCUCUCAUUCUUGUAUCACCACCGACUUUGCAAUCUGAAAGCUGUUAUACUACCAGACAAUGGAGGCAAACCAUCUCCGCAGCAAUUGAUGCAUACCGGGAGAUGAUCAGGCGAGGACAGAUCAUAUUGGAAGAGCUCUUACAGAUGGGACCUAUGGAUAAACUUGCGAAUAUUUGUCCAAAGUGCUUUGGCCCCCCAGUUCCCGGAAAGACACCGGACGAGCCAGAUUAUAUUUUAUGCAUGGACGGAAAUUUUCAACAUCGUAGACACCUUUCAGCCAGCCAAGAACUUCAUCAAUCUCGCAAGCCUACCACGCUCUUCAUUUCUCCGGCGGAGGUUCAGGAAAUGGAAUUGAGUAUGGACCGAUGUACUGAACAACACACAGCAGCCAAUGAUACCAGGGGGGCUGCAACAUGGAAGGCUUGUGAUGACACUGGCAUCUUUGGGUUGGCAUGUCGUCAUGACCAAAUCUUGAGGCUAAUCAACAUAGUUCAAAGUGGUGAAAAUGAAGAACGCCAGGGAAACCAGUUGAUGUUUGGAACAAGUUUUUUCCAUGCUUAUGUUCAUCAAUGGUCAUGUCAGCUGCAAUAUAACCCUAGGCUCAACACUGGAUGGGGGAUGUCGGAUGGUGAAGGAAUGGAGCGGAUUUGGGCUUAUUUAUCUCCUCUGAUCAGCUCCCUAAGGUAUUCGACCAAGACUCAUAGACUUGUGGCAUUAGAUCUACGGUCUUCCCAUCACAAUGAUACUGGUAAAACAAAUUCAGUCAGAUUGCUCUUAGAUCGUGGUAAACAGGUGGAAGAAGCAAUGAAAACUGCCCUUGAAAAACUUAAGGAAAUCGAAGAGGAUUUUGGUCACUCCACAGUUUACUUGGCUGACCAAUGGAUCCGACAAAGAGAGUGUCAACUAUCGGUGAUGGAGACUGAGUCUGAAAGAGAUAUGAUGAAACAAGUUGAGGAACUUGUUGAGUUGGAAGACCAACUUUGGGAUACACAUGACACAAUUGUAUCAUUAAGAGCCAAACGUAGGCGUGAUCGAACCAGUGAGGAACAAAGGCAGCUUCAUGGACUACCAGACACAGUUGUAUCGUUGGAGGAACAAAUUGAUCAGGUUAUCAGUGAGCUUGGAUCUGAAGCAUUUCGAGGUCUUCCAGGAGCCUCUGAUGCAGAGACAAAGGCUCUAAUAAGGUUGAAAGUGAGCAAAUCCAAACUAUACGAGGCCAAAGUGGGGGUUUUGGAAGUCCAGAAGAGAUGGGAUCAAAGGGGAUCAGGUACACGCAUGCAAGCUAGGUUCAAGAAAUUGAUGAGUUCCAAGGUCAAGCUUCUGAAGAGCAAGUGGACAUCAUACUGCAACCGAGCCACCAUCUACAAUGAAAACUAUAUGCCAGAGAUCGACGUUGGAACACCUACAUUGGAAGAAAUCAAGUCAAUGGGCCUGGAUGAUCAUUUUUGGGAUAUGGGUUCUCUUUUGCAUCCAAAUGAGCCUUGGGCAAUUGAUCCAAAUGUGCGAGAAGGGAUUGAUGCACUCCUUACAUCCACCCAUUGCAAAGACGAGCUGCGAAGGAUUUCACGAGAGGCCAGACAAGCAGUCAAGUGGGCUAUUGAUAGGUCAAACUCUCUGGAAAAUCUUUAUGACUUGUUAGACCCAGUCUGUCUACUGCUCACUCGCCAAAAGUCACAGUCGAGUUUUGAUGACAUGGAACGCCAGCUGCUUUGA